ACGCAGUGAACGAUGAAAGAUGUCGGCACGCCGUUUCUAGCCAAGAAAAAGUGUAAGGCAUUUGACAGUCAUCAAAAUCGCGUUGCAUCUAAGCACGUGAAAAUCGGGAAUGCCACUGGACGCGUGUUAUUUAUUCGUGUCCUUUUGUAAAUAUAUGUGAAUAGUGUAUUUAAUAAAUUAUUAAUAUAGUUACUAACAACUUGAAAAUAAACGUAGUGAUUGAGAAGACAUUUGUGUUGGCGUUGUGAAUCCAACCGUUGUUUUGGCAGUGGCUAAAAGAUCAGACAAGUCAGAAAAUAUUGUAAAUAAAUCAAAAACAUUAAAACGUCCGCGUCUACCAUUUAAACAACAUAGUGAGUAAAAGAUACGUUACUUAGUGCUCAACAGAAUGAAGUGGCCUGGUACUGUAACUGGUGGUAGCAACGAACCGGCACCCUCCAUGCAGCUGCAUCAUCCUUCUGCAAAUGGACACAUGCCUUCUGAUAUUGAUCAAUGUGCACAAAUAAUGGCAAGUGGAGAUGCUAUGAGACUCCAAGCUGGACAAACCAACCAGAUGAGUGUUAAUAGAACCCAAGAUGACGCUAUGGUUGGUUAUGUUUUGCAAAGACCUACAGAACCUGAUUAUAAUGCUCAAGCUACUACGUUUCAAAGUAAACAAGCACCACGAGCUUGGGCACUUGCUGAUGAUGCUAUUAUAGACAACAACCAUGAAAAAUGGAAGUAUCCGAUGACAAAACUAAGUGUGCCACAGCAAAGUCAACCACAGCAACUAGGUCUCCAAACAAUGAAUAAUGUUCAUUUACCAUAUGAAUUACAUCCAAUGCAACUUAAAAGCGCAGCGCCUGGAACAGAGCACCUGGUUUAUCUAAACAAUCAAAUGACAACACAACAACAAGUCGCAUUAUUUCAUCAUCAACAGCAGCAGCAGCAGCAGCAACAACAGCAACAACAACAACAACAACAACAACAACAACAGCAGCAACAGCAAUUCAGAAAUGGCCAGAUCGCACCCUCGGCAAAAAAACUCUGGGGCGUUGACGAAGGUGGCUCCAAGGAUGAAGGGGGUGUCAAAGGUGGUGGGAUACUUCAUCUGGGUGAUCAUCAUCAAAUGUGGCGAGAUUCAACUUGGAGCACGCCAGAUCAUGCAGUAUCACAGCCAAUUUCGAUGGCAACCGGAAGGCGAGUUAGUGUGGGAACUGGUUAUCAUCAUCAAACAUCAGAAGUUGGAGCUGUACUUAGCCCGAGAAGCAGUGAAACGGGUGGUCUUGGUGUCAAAAUGGUUGAAUAUGUUCUUGGAUCUAGUCCAACUACACCAAAGGAUUUGGAAUCCCGAAUGAGUGCACUCAGAUUGAAUGCAGAUAAUGACAAAAAAGAUAAAGAUAAAGGAUCAGCUAGUCCUUUUGAUGGCUCUAAAGAUGAUAAUGUUCCACAAGGAAACGGGCUUGUUUCACAAAACGGUCUUGAUGAUGACAAAGGGUUUAAUCGAACUCCUGGAAGUAGACAACCAUCACCAGGUGAAGAAGAAUUUCAAAAGAAUGCUGCAGCAACACUAGCAGUGAGUGCAGGUGGUGGUGUUGUUUUAUUGAAACCAGGUGUUGAUGUUGUUGGUAGCGAAGAACACUUUAUGGCAGCAUUUGCACCCGCACCACCACAUCAUCUUCAACAUCAUCAAGCACCGCCAACUCAUCAUCUCCAACAUCCUCAUUCACACGCAGCCCAGCUUUUUGGUGCACAAGGGCCUUUACCUCCUCAAGGACCGCCUCCAAAUCAACAGCAACAACAACAAGGUCCUCCACAGCCACAAGAUACAACAACACACUUUGACGUCCAGCAAUUAUUUCGCGGUCAGCCACAAGGCGCGACUCCGCAACAACUCCAGCUUCUCCAACAGCAGCAACAGCAACAACAACAGUACCUGGCAGCAUCCCAAGUCCAGCAACAGCAGCAGCAACAACAGCAGCAGCAGCAAAAUUUUCCAACAGCACCUUACACCGUAAUAAGUGGACAAGAACCGUACGUCGGUGCUUUGAUUGCCGGCGCACCGCCAGUGGUACCUCAAUAUUAUGGAGUCGGUCCUUGGGUUUACCCAGCAGGACUUUUGCCUCAGGCUCCACCACAAGCUGCAGCUCCACCGCAACCCAGAAGACCAUUGACACCUUCUUCAGCGGCCGCCGCCGCUGCUGCCGCUCAAGACAGUGCUAAUAAUCUUGCACAGACGGUUCAAGGACAGUAUCAAGUAAUACCUACAUACUAUGAUCAAAAUGGGUCCUUAGUAAUGGCGGGUGUACGAGGUCUUGGAUCAGCAGCAACACCCAUGAGAUUAGUUAGUCCAGCACCUGUUCUUGUUAACAGAGCUCCUUCACAACCACCAGGUCCACCGGCACCACCUCCACCGAGUCUAUAUUCACAGCCUACCUCAACAUCUCAUAAUAAUGCUACACCCGGCGAAUGUUUAGGUCUCGCGGCAGGAAGUGCGGCAGUGAUAGCUCAAGCUCAAGCGGUUGCUGUACAGCAAGCACAACAACAGGGUACAGGACUUGCUGCUGGCUUGGCAGCUUUGGGUUACGGUGGCUCGCCACUUGGUGCCCUUGGCUCGCCGGCUCAACUACAGAGCACAGGUUUAGGUCUUGGAGCGUCAUCAACGGGUAGACGAGAUUCAUUUGAUCGAAAUACAUCAGCAUUUAGUCCAAGCUUAGAAUAUAGCCGUGGAAAAUGGCCACAAAGUUAUGGUGCCUUAGGGACUGUAACUGCUUCUCCCAGUCCUUUAGGGCUCUCUUUGACGCCACCUCCGACAAUUGGAGGAUCAUUAGGUGGUCUAGUCGGUGGAGCUAACCGCGUGUCAGCAGCACCAGGCGCCGAAGCUAAAUUCCGCACGAGUGCUGUACCCGCUUUAACAGCAAACGGUGUAUUUGGAUCAAGUAGUUCUCUCUUUCCAAACUUAGUUGGAAAACCUGGACGUAGUGCAGCGUCAGGAGUGGGAGACAAAGGCGCGGGUGGUCGUUCACGAUUAUUAGAAGAUUUUAGAAAUAAUCGUUUUCCAAGUCUCCAAUUACGAGAUCUCGCCAACCACAUCGUUGAAUUCAGCCAGGAUCAACACGGCUCGCGUUUCAUUCAACAGAAACUUGAACGUGCAUCAGCAGCAGAAAAACAACUCGUAUUCCAAGAAAUUCUUGCGUCUGCAUAUUCACUUAUGACUGAUGUGUUUGGAAAUUAUGUGAUUCAGAAAUUUUUCGAGUUUGGCACGCCUGAACAAAAAUCGACACUCGCUCAAAAGGUUCGAGGUCAUGUAUUGCCACUGGCACUUCAGAUGUACGGAUGCCGAGUAAUUCAGAAAGCACUUGAGUCCAUUGGACCUGAACAACAACAGGAAAUUGUACGUGAAUUAGAUGGUCACGUAUUAAAAUGCGUGAAAGAUCAGAACGGAAAUCAUGUCGUUCAAAAAUGCAUUGAGUGUGUUGAACCGCGAGCGCUUCAGUUUGUUAUUGGUGCAUUUGCCGGUCAGGUAUACUCUCUGAGUACACAUCCGUAUGGUUGUCGAGUGAUUCAGCGUAUUUUGGAGCAUUGUACACCCGAACAAACUCAAGGGAUUCUUCAAGAAUUACACGCAGCAACAGAUCAAUUGAUUCAAGAUCAAUAUGGAAAUUAUGUUAUUCAACAUGUACUUGAGCACGGUAAAAUUGAAGAUAAAGCACAGCUUAUUAGUAGUGUCAGAGGAAAAGUUUUAGCUCUAUCCCAGCAUAAAUUUGCGAGUAACGUCGUAGAAAAAUGUGUUACACAUGCUACACGACAAGAACGCGCUGUUCUUAUCGAGGAAGUCUGCGGUUUCAAUGAUAACGCUCUAAAUGUCAUGAUGAAAGAUCAAUAUGCGAAUUAUGUCGUACAGAAGAUGAUUGAUGUUGCUGAACCAGCACAACGCAAAGUAUUGAUGCAUAAAAUACGGCCACAUUUAAGCAGUCUCCGUAAAUAUACUUACGGAAAACAUAUAAUUGUUAAGCUCGAGAAGUUUUUCAUGAAAACAGCGUCAGCGAUUGGUGUCUCAUCUCCAGCAGGCACAACAAAUAAUACGAGUGAUCUUGGGCCAAUCGGACCACCGACAUCUGCUCCAGGUUCUGUACCGACACAAACUCAGCAAUCAACCCAGGUUCUGUAAAUUUAAAACGAUGAUGGCUAUUACUAUUUUUUUCGUUUAAUAGAGAGUUGAGAAAAAUAUCUAUCAAUUCGAACGAGACUUGGAUCAGUUAUAUACAUAACGUUUUCCAACGAUUAAAAAAAAAUUACUUUAAUAGUUUUUUUUUUUUACUUACCAAAUAUUCACAGAGAUUUUUUUCUAUCGAUAAAAAAGGUGGGUUCUGUAAAUUGAAUUGAAAAAAAUCUCAGUGAAUAAUUUGAAACGAAGCAAUGACGAUCCUACGCUAUGAAAAAAUUGAGUAAAAAGCUUUCUUUUUACGGUUUAGAUGUAUGGGAAGUUUUCGAUGGUGAUUGAUUAGAUAAUUAGUAAAUAUGACAGCGAAUUGUAUAAUCUGAGGAUAAUAUAAUUAACCAGCUGCAAAACACGACCAGACAAAUGCGAUUAACGAGCUUCUUCUUAAUGUAUAGUUAAAGCUUUUUUUUUUUUAAGUUAAAUUGCCUCUAUUAUUUUUCAUUUAUAAACUGUUGUAAUUGUUUGUAAAUGAUUUUGAAAAUUAAUUAAUUUUUUUUUUUUUUUUUUUUUUUUUUUUUUUAUAUAUAUUAUAGAGUUAGCUUUGAAGAAUCUCGUUGUCACUUAACUUUACUUAAGUAAAGACAAGUUUUUCUUUUAUUUCGAUAUAAAAAAAUAGAAAAAAAAAAAAAAAAAAAAAAGAUGCUAAUACCGACCAGACAUUAAUUAAUCGAUAGACCUUUCUUUUUAAAUCGCUAUAUACAUCCUUACGUUUCAUUAUUAUUAGUAUUUUGUUUUAACAAUCUUAAUCUUGCUUUCUGUAAAGUUGAAGAAUGAGGAAAAUGUUUUAGAGAUAGCUAGAGCUUCAGCAAUGCAUGCAUUUAAAGAUCCGAUAAUAAUUGUAAAUUGUAUGUUUGAAAUUGUGACGAAAAAAAAUGUGUUGAUUUUUUUUUUUUUUUUUUUUUUUUUGUGACGCAUAGAAAGUUUUAGAAGACGUCAUUCAACAUUAUGACAUAAUGACAGUGAAAUUUAAUAAUGUUCUCGAUUUUGAUCCACUUUCAUUGUUUUACCUUAAGUAAUUUUUUGUCUUUUAUCGUCAACGUUUUCAUGCUAAAAAUAAUUUUUAAUAAUUCAUCCUUUUUUUUUCUAAUAUGAAAUUGAAAGUGAAGAAUAAAUAUGACAUGAAAUGAUAGUAGGCAAGGUAAAAAAUAUAUUAGAAGCUCCGUCUUCAUAAUUUUUUUUUAUUUAUAGAUGAAGAGCUUGAAAUUUUUAAAUUAUUUGAUUAAAAAAAAUGAAUAUAUAAAUUCCUUUAGUAAAUCUCAAGAAAGCUCGGCUUUUUUUCUCAUUUAUACUAAUUCUGUAAAUUGUGAUAUAAAUAAUUAAUAAAUAACGAGGUGUAUAGAUACGUCAACAACCCGCUUUUCACAUAUGAUGCUGUGAAAUCGAAAUAAAUUUCAAUAUUUACUCUCAUAUUUUAUUAAUAUUAUUAUAAUUAUCAUUAUUCUUAGUUAUAAUUACUCUUUUUUUUAUAUAUUUCGUUAAAAUAUUCAACUAUCUUUUUAAACGACUUUGUGAAUAUUGUGUAUUAUAAUUACAAUUUAAUUAAAUUAAAAAAAGAACAAAGUAUGGUUUACGUCCUCUACCGUUAGAUAGACUUAUUUAGGAAGAAACAAAAUCAAUAAGUAAAAUACCGAUUUUAAUUUAUAUAACGUUUCUGAGUCCUUGUGUAAGCAAUUCCCCCUCAUUAGCGUAAACAUUAUUACUAAAACAUUGUAAAAUAAAAAAAAAAACCCCAUUCAUUUGACGAAAAUGAUGUUUAAGCAAAAAACGAUUUUAUGAAAAAAAAUCAAUAGUUAAUAAUACGAUAAAUUUAUAUAUUAUUAAUUAAUAAUUAAAAACUUAUUGUAUAUUGUAAAAAAAAACUCGAAAAACGUUGUUUAAACAUUUUUACGAGCGAUAUCUUUAAACAUAGUCCCAUUAAAAUUAUUUGCGAUUAUUUGUCAACAUUUUAUUCUUUAAUGGCGUUUAAAUGUUUUCCAAUUAAAAUUAAGUCCAUCGCAGUAAUUUAUAUUAACAAUAAAUUAAGUGUUUGAAUUCAAACAACUGAUUUACAUUGAACGUUGAACUCAAUAAUGUCUUUACAAUAAAAGAAAUUAUUUGAAAAUUUUAAUUAAAUGUCUCGGUAAAUAAAUUUAAUCAUUAUUUGCAUUAAGUUUAUAUGAAUUCAAAAUAAGUUUUCACGCGAGAUAUUCUUUUGUUAUAUACAGUCGUAAGACUUUGAAAAUUCUUUUAUAUAAAUAUAAUAUCAGAGUAAACACACUUGUUAAUCGAGUUGCAUCUCUCUUGUACAAUAUGUAAUAUUUCGUUGUAAUGUAGGUGUUAAAUAAAACAAAAAAAAAAUAAAAAAUAAAGUAAAUACGAGCAACUCGAGAACAGUGUUCAUCUUCUAUAUGAAAGAAACAUGAUAAUAUCAAAGAAUCACGAAUACAAAUUUUUUCAUUGGAGGAAAUAAUUGAGGAAGAGAAACUAUAGCAUAUUUCUUUGUAAAAUAUUGUAUAUAACCAUUUAAUAUUGAAAAUUGUCAAAUUUUUAGAGUAACUAUCUUUUUCCCUCUCUUUUUCCUCUCACGAAUUAUUCCAUUAAAUAAAUGCGAAUAAUAAUAAAUUACUGCGAUGGGUAUUAAUUUUAAACUGUAAGAGCCAACAAGAAUUAUUUUAUUAUUUUUACCAAAAGAAAUCGGUAUAGACAUUCCAGUAAAUACAUCUCAGAGUAAACAUCUUAUCAGAAUGAAUAAAAAUUAAAUAAAAAAAAAAAAAACAAAUAAAUGUGAAAAUUACACCGACAAAAUAUAAACAAUAAUAUGAAAAUAAUUAUGUAACUAUUAAUAAUUAAUUGAUUAUUGUAGUUCCUUAUCUUUGUAAAUCAAUCGUCACGUGUUAAUAACAGAUAACAUUAUUUAUAUUUAUAUA